CAACAUUCUAUUACUACAAGACAGCAUUUUUUGAGCCUUGAAAGUAUCCUUUUUAGAGCCUGCUUUGGAGGGAGAUUACUCUCUCUCUCUCUCUCUCAACUUAAACCCUAGUUUGCUUCCAAACUAGUUUCACAUUCUUGCAUUGCACACUCCUCCUCUUCUCUUUGUAAUUGAUAUCAUUUGCGCACACACAGAUAUAUCUCAAUGUUAUAUACUGAUUCUACAAAGCAACCUAGUUCAGAUCUGUUCCUCACUUGCCACCUCCUCAAAAUCAUAGCUUUUUACUAUAUGCAUCAUAAUAUGAUCUGGGUAUAAUUUAAUUAAAGGGGUUGCUGAUUUCUUGAUUUUUGAACUGAUUUUCAAGAAUUUUCAAGAUUGGAUUUUUAUGUCGAAAAUGAGUGGGGGGGUUAUUGGGAAUGGAAGAAAUGGUGGGUUUGAUCCGAGCAAUCUUCAUUUGAAGAAGGAGCUUACUCAAAUCAGGAAAGCUUCUAAGACACUUAAAGAUCCUGGCACAACUUCAACUUGGAGGUCUCCUUUGAGCUCAGGUAGAUCUUUGUCUGUUGUCGCGAAUACGAGUUCUUUGUCUACUGGAAAUAAUCAUUAUUAUCAUCAUUAUAGGAAUAAUAGUAAUGGGAAUGUAAUUAAUGGAGAUGAUAAUAAUUUUGAGGUGCCUUUGGAAGCUGGAACUAGUAAUGGUAGUAGUGGUAAGGGGAAGGAAAAAGGGAUUUUUUUGUAUAAUUGGAAAGCUCAGAAAUCGGAGCAUGAAGAUAGUAUCGAAUCUAGAAAUAAAAAAGUUAGGCAUAGGGGAGAUAGUGAGGUUACUGCAGAUGAUGAUGAGACUGAGGAUGGGGAUGGGUUGUCUUCGUUGUUAGGAGAGAGUGUUGAUAAUAGCAUGAGUGAUGCUCGGAAUGGUGGGGGUGACUCAAAAAGUGAUACUUAUAUAGGGGAUAAGUAUGCUUCAAUAUUGCACAAGUAUAGAAACACAAAUCUAACACCAUCCGGUAAGAGGAAUUCGGUGAAGAAAAAAGUGAAGAAUGCACAUUCUGCCGCUUUAUGGAAACGCCAGCGGCAGCAGAAUGUGCUUAGUAGGAGUUCAAAGCCGGGAUCAGGACCAGUGCCUUUGAAUCUGAGGCGGGAAGACUCAUUAGAUUUAGUUGACCAGUCUGAUGAUACAGGUGAAUACUUUAAUUCUGAGGAUUUACGACGCUACUCAGCAGAAUCACCAUUGCUGGCACGGCUUAAGUCGUCGAAAUUGUUGAGAGGCAGUCGGAAAGAGGACUCCGUCUACUCAUAUAGUACACCGGCAAUGUCUACACGUUCUUUAAAUUUGUAUGGUAUUAGGAAUCCAAGCACUGUUGGGUCUUGGGAUGGUACUACAGCAUCUUUUAAUGAUGGGGAUGAUGAGCUCGAUGAUCAUUUCGACUCAGCAGGUCAGCAGGGAUGUGGGAUACCAUGUUAUUGGUCUAGAAGGAGCACACCAAAGCAAAGAGGGACGUGUAGGAGCUGUUAUUCACCAUCACUUUCUGAUACUCUUCGAAGAAAAGGAAACAACAUUUUGCGUGGAAGCCAAAGCAUGUAUAGUAGGCGACGUCAUGGAUUCUCUUUAAGUUCCAGCAAGAAGAGAGGAUCUAGGACUGCUCAAGGCCUGGUUCCUUUGUUAAGUAGUAGUGGUGAGGGCAUGGGUGGAUCAUCACUAGGAAAUAGCAAUGAUGAGCUCUCAACAAACUAUGGAGAGCUUGAUUUAGAGGCAUUAAGUCGUUUGGAUGGAAGAAGGUGGUCAGCAAGCUGCAGGAGUGAAGAAGGGUUGGAACUAGUAGCUCUAAAUGGGGAAAGGGAUUCAGAAAGCACUCCCGAGAAUCUAAGAAGCCUAAGCCAGAAGUACAGGCCAGUAUUUUUUGAAGAAUUGAUUGGCCAGAAUAUUGUUGUUCAAUCCCUGAUGAAUGCGAUUCCGAGGGGGAGGAUUGCUCCUAUUUAUAUUUUUCAAGGUCCUCGUGGAACGGGAAAAACGUCGACUGCAAGGAUUUUUUCUGCUGCUCUAAAUUGCCUUGCCAAGGAUGAAACUAAGCCUUGUGGGGUCUGCAGGAGUUGUGCGGACUUUGUUUCUGGAAAGAGUAAGAAUCUUAUAGAAGUUGAUAGCUCCAAUAAGAAAGGCAUUGGAAAAGUUAGGUAUCUCUUGAAAACCUUGUUUGCCGGCCCACCAUCAACCUUUUCCCUUUAUAAAAUUUUUGUUAUUGAUGAGUGUCACUUAUUACCUGCAAAGACAUGGUUAACUUUUCUAAAGUUUCUUGAAGAACCACCUCCACGUGUCGUGUUAAUAUUUAUAACAACUGAUAUUGACAAUGUUCCGCGUGCUGUUCUGUCGCGGAGUCAAAAGUACAUUUUUAACAAAAUCAAAGAUGGUGACAUUGUGUCAAGGUUGAGAAAGAUUGCAGCUGAAGAGGAUUUAGAUGUUGAAACAGAUGCAUUAGAUCUGAUUGCUGUAAAUGCAGAUGGUUCUCUUCGAGAUGCAGAAACUAUGUUAGACCAGUUGACUUUGUUAGGGAGAAGAAUUACCACAUCUCUGGUCAAUGAGCUUGUGGGUGUUGUAUCUGAUGAGAAACUCCUUGAAUUAUUGGAGUUAGCCAUGUCCUCCGAUACAGCAGAAACAGUGAAAAGAGCGAGAGAGAUGAUGGACUCGGGGAUCGAUCCGAUGCUAUUAAUGUCCCAGCUGGCAGCCCUUAUUAUGGAUAUAAUAGCUGGAACUUACCACAUUGUUGAUGCUAAAGGCAUUGAUUCGUUCAUUGGUGGAAGAAGUUUGAAUGAAGCUGAACUGGAAAGAUUGAAAAAUGCUUUAAAACUUCUCUCUGAGGCUGAGAAGCAUUUGAGGGUUUCAAGUGAAAGAUCAACAUGGUUCACUGCAACCCUUUUGCAGCUAGGAUCUGUACCUUCACCAGAGCCCACUCAGUCAGUAAGCAGUAGGAGACAGAGCUCUAGAACAACUGAUGAGGAUCCAUCCAGCACUUCUAAAGAAGUUAUUACCCAAAAGCUGAAGCCUGAUAGUCAGUACACAUCACGGAGGUCAACCUCUCCAAUGUCCUUACAUAAUAAAGCUACUCACCGAAAUUCAGCCAGUCAAGAUGAUCCACUUGAUUUAAAUUCAAAGCCAGCUUACAGCCAAUAUCUGAAUGGCAAUUCAUUGAGUACCUCACAUGGAAAGUUUGGGGCUGAAACGACAAAGUCAAAUAUGUUGGAUGAUAUCUGGAUCCGAUGCAUUGAAAGGUGCCAUUCGAAGACGCUGAGACAAUUACUCCAUAAUUAUGGCAAGCUUGUAUCUAUUUCCGAAGUUGAAGGUGCUUUUGUCGCAUAUAUUGCAUUCACCAAUAGUAAUAUUAAACUCAGAGCUGAAAGAUUUCUUAGCAGCAUUACAAAUUCAUUGGAAAUUGUUCUCCGACGCAAUGUAGAGGUUAGAAUUGUACUUUUACCAGAGGAUGAUCCGUGCAUAAAUAGUGAAAGACAAGUGGCUUUAGUUGAUCCAAUGGUCAAGCAGCACGAAGCACAGGUCCCGUUAAAUCUGCCAAGAGGAAGCUUCAACGAUCCUGAUGUUAUGCUGGUUAGAAAAUUACACUCAAAUUCAGAAUCAGCAUCCCUGCAAGUUGAGAAUGUUGAAUUAAAUGGACCAAAAGACAGAGAGCCUGAAAUUCCUGCAAAGAGAAUAGAGUCAAUUAUCCAUGAACAGAGAUUAGAAACGGCAUGGCUGCAGACUGCAGAAAAAGGCACUCCUGGAACGCUGAAUCGUUCAAAACCAGAGAGGAAUCAAGUCCUGCCUCAAGAUGGCGUCUACCAUCAAAAUCAGAUGGAUUUUACGGAUCCUGCAAGCUUGACCUCCCAGCAUUGGGAAGAUGAGUUGAAAGAUGAAAUUAGUGCUUUGAAGAUUUAUAAUGGAAAAGAUGCUACCCAGAAAGGUCAAGUUGGGAAAAAAAGUGAUCAUUAUCCGAUGUCGCCAAGCUUAUUGCACAAUAGCAGCUACGCCAGCAAUUUCAGUAAGGAAGCCAUGGGGUAUGAAUCAAGCUCAGGAGCUGGAGGUUGCAGUGGGCUUUUCUGUUGGAAUAACCACAAACAUCAUAUGAAGGGGAAGAUUAAGCAAAGAGCUCCUGUGAGAAAGCAUAAAGGUGGUCGAUUUUUGUGUUUAGGAGAGUGUGCAAAGUCCUCAAAAUCAGAUGAAAACAUUAGAAGAUAAUAUAGAAGAGCUUAAUAUGAUAUUCAGGAAUUUACUGUCAGUUAUCUUGAAUUUCAUGUUCAUCCUCCCCCCUUGUGUAUGUAUGUUAUGUGCUAGACAUUUUAUGGAUAUGAGAAGAUGAAGACUAAUACAGUGUAAAGUUUUAUGAGCUUCUGCAA